CACGCUUUUGCAAACCCCAUGUGAGCUGCACUCCAAUGAGUCAUCUUUUUCCCUUCUCUGUUUUUCUUUCAAACCCAAGAUCGAAUUUUGAACUUCCAAGGAUUGUUUAUAAGCUAAGUUUUCAUUGUUAGUAUCCCCAAUUCCUUUGUUGAUGCUCAAUUUUGUUCUUUUUGGGAUUUCAUUUUACAAGGAGAAGGUGAUUCAAGGAUUUUUGUUUAUAAGUAUAUAUUAGUAUUAGUGGGUUCGAGCAGUAUUGACUCCGAGAUUGAUUGUUUUGGGAUGUGAGCUUGGAUUUCUAAGAAAAGAUGAUAUCUUUGAGUGGAUUAGGUAUUGGGUUGGGUGUAGCUUUUGGUUGUCUCUUGUUAGCUCUGAUUGCACAGCUGUCCUAUCUGAUUUGGUGGAAGAGAAGACUCACAUGCACAGAGGUUGAAGACGAUUACAGCAACAAAUUUCUUCAAUUUAUCUGCUUCAAGAGACCAUUUUAUUUGCAGAAAAACAAAAAAAAUCAGGAAAUUGGAGGAGACCCAGUUGGGAAUGGCCAUGGACAAGACAUAGAGCUUGGUUUAGGGGAGGGAAUAGUGCUAAAAAUUGCAGGGGAAGAGAGUGUGGAAGGAGAGCUUAUGAGGUUGCACAAUUUGGCAGGACCACCAAGAUUUCUAUUCACAAUUAAAGAGGAAACCAAGGAGGAUUUGGAGUCUGAGGAUGGGAAAUCUAGGGGAGAUGGUAAGAGUAGAAAGGGUUCAAGAACAAGAAGCUUGAGUGAUCUUAUAUUGGCUGUUGAUACUCCUUUUGUUUCUCCACCUUUGAAGUCUUCAUUAGAUUCUUAUUCACAUCAUGGAUUCAAUCCUCUCUUUGAAUCAAUAACUGAGGCUGAACUUAACAGGUUGAGAUCUUCACCUCCUCCAAAAUUUAAGUUUAUGCGGGAUGCAGACGAGAAACUGCAGAGGAAAUUGAUGGAAGAAUCUGAGAGAAAGAAAUCACAAAAUGGUGUUUGUGCUCAAGAUUCUCGGGUUGAAGCUUCCAAUUCAACAAUGGUGACAGAGGGGAUUAAUGGGUCAUUUGUGAAUUUCCUUGUUAGUACUAGUAGUAUUGACAAAGAGAAAGAGCUUCUUCAUCAUCUAACUCAGUAUCCUUCAAGUACUGCUCAGGUACUCCCUCUGGCUUCUUCACCUCCAGGCUCCAACAUAACAGACCACUAGACAAGAAGCCCAAUUUACAGUAGUAGAUUUGUUAGAAUUCACAUGAUUAGGGGUAUCUGCUUAUUGUUCCAAUUGAUCUUUAUUUCAAAGAUAAUUACAUGUAUACUGUUUGAAAACCAAUGCUAAUGUAACCGUGAUUAAUCCAGUGUUCUGCAACAUGGAUAGACAAGGUGCAUGUGGGGUAAUCCUGGUUUUUUUCUGUUACCCAUGUUUCCUAGCUGCAUAAAAUAGUCAUCAUUCAUGUGGUUUAUGUCUUUAUGAUUAUGCUCAGGCAUUGCCAUUAUUUAUGUUGAA